AUGGAUAAUAAUGAAGAACCUCAAGAAAAACUGACUGAUAUGAUUAUUGAUGAUACUAAUUGCCUUGCUGCUGAUCCUACAAUGGUGUCAGGUGAAUUUAAUAGACGUGAUAUUACUUUGGCUGUUGUUGCUGUUCGGACAUCCGUUUGUGAAAUUUGGGAUAUUUACCGUGAAUUAGCGAGUGAUGAAAAUAUACUGUUAGCAGGUGCUCCAUAUGUUUCGUCACGUGUUAUUUCAUCGGCUGUUACUGGAGAAGACACACUUCGUAAACCGUUUCUUCAUAUGAAUAUAGAACAUAUUUCAACUGUAGCAAAUCACCUUGAUGACGUAGAUGAACAAAGUCAAACAACAAACUAG